UCAGACGUCUUGUUCCUAUCACCACCACUGUGAACAAGUCAGGUUUCAAAACAAAGCGUUCAGAAAAGCGUGCUUUGUUUACAUCUUAAUAAAUUAAUUAUGCAGCAUUUCUGAAAAACAAUUGGAAUUCCCCUUUAAAUGUUGCAUUGAUGUUUUGUAUAGCUAAAUAAUAUGGACUUGUGCUAUAAUGCGUCCUCAUCUGUUCUGCUUCUAAAAAGAUUCUAUACGAUACUACUGAGCUACUGUUUAUCUUCAUGUGUCAACUUGUGUGAUUUUGCUUUCUAUCAAAAAGGUGAUCUCUACAAACGUCUUCUAAAAGGCUAAAGGUAAGUCUUGCAGUACACAAAGUCCAUGGCAGUACAACCAAAUCCCACUUCUUUGAUAUUUCAGUUCUUUCCACUCUUGUCGCUGAUCCGCAGCUCUGGUAAAGAGGCUUAGGAUGAGCACUGAUGCUGAGAUGGCUAUCUUCGGGGAGGCCGCCCCGUACUUGCGCAAAACCGAGAAGGAGAGGGUUGAGGAGCAGAGCCGACCCUUUGACAGCAAAACAGCCUGUUACGCAUACGAUGACAAGGAGCUGUACGUGAAGGGGACCCUUCAGAGCAAAGAGGGCGGCAAAGCCGUGGUCGACACUGAGGAUGGCAGGACUGUGACUGUCAAGGAGGACCAAGUCUUCCCAAUGAAUCCUCCAAAGUUUGAUAAGAUUGAGGACAUGGCCAUGAUGACUCACCUCAAUGAACCGUGUGUGCUGUUUAACCUCAAAGAGCGCUACGCAGCAUGGAUGAUCUAUACCUACUCUGGACUUUUCUGUGUGACUGUGAACCCCUAUAAGUGGCUUCCAGUCUACAACCCAGAGGUGGUGACUGCGUACAGGGGAAAGAAGCGGAUGGAGGUUCCUCCUCAUAUUUUUGCCCUGUCUGAUAAUGCCUAUCAGUUUAUGCUUACUGAUAGGGAGAACCAGUCUAUUCUCAUCACUGGAGAAUCCGGUGCAGGGAAGACUGUCAACACUAAACGCGUCAUUCAAUACUUUGCGACAAUCGCAGUGUCUGCAGACAAGAAGAAAGAGUCCAUCAGCAAAAUGAAGGGCACCCUGGAAGAUCAAAUCAUCCAGGCCAAUCCUCUCCUGGAGGCUUUUGGGAAUGCCAAGACUGUGAGGAACGAUAACUCCUCUCGCUUUGGUAAAUUUAUCAGGAUCCACUUUGGAACAACCGGGAAACUGGCAUCAGCAGAUAUUGAAACUUACCUGCUUGAAAAGUCCAGGGUGACAUUUCAGUUGGCUGCUGAAAGAAGUUACCAUAUAUUCUAUCAACUGACUUGCAACAAGAAACCAGAGCUCAUAGAUAUGCUCCUUAUUACCACCAAUCCAUACGACUUUGCCUUCAUCAGCCAAGGAGAGAUUAGCGUGAGGAGCAUAGACGAUGCAGAGGAGCUGGUGGCUACUGAUGAAGCCAUUGACAUCCUUGGCUUUACUUCCGAAGAGAAAGUUGGUAUCUACAAGAUGACUGGAGCGGUGAUGCAUUAUGGGAACAUGAAGUUUAAGCAGAAGCAGCGUGAGGAGCAGGCUGAACCUGACGGCACUGAGGAGGCAGAUAAAGCUGCUUACCUGAUGGGCCUGAACUCAGCUGAUCUUCUGAAGAACCUCUGUUACCCCAGAGUUAAAGUGGGGAAUGAAUUUGUGACGAAGGGCCAGAAUGUGCAACAAGUGUAUAACUCAAUUGGUGCCCUUGCCAAGUCUGUCUAUGAGAAGAUGUUCUUGUGGAUGGUCAUGCGCAUAAACCAGCAACUGGACACCAAACAACAGAGACAACAUUUUAUUGGGGUCCUUGAUAUUGCAGGGUUUGAGAUUUUUGAUUUCAACACACUGGAACAGCUAUGCAUCAACUUCACCAAUGAGAAACUGCAACAGUUUUUCAACCACCACAUGUUUGUGCUGGAGCAAGAGGAGUACAAGAAAGAGGGAAUCGAAUGGGAGUUCAUAGACUUUGGAAUGGACCUGGCUGCCUGCAUUGAGCUAAUUGAGAAGCCAAUGGGCAUCUUCUCUAUACUUGAGGAGGAGUGUAUGUUUCCCAAGUCUACCGAUACUUCCUUCAAGAACAAGCUCUAUGAUCAACAUCUGGGCAAGAACAAUUGCUUCUUAAAGCCCAAGCCUGUGAAAGGCAAGCCUGAAGCACACUUCUCCUUGGUGCACUAUGCUGGCACUGUGGACUACAAUAUCGCUGGCUGGCUGGAGAAGAACAAAGACCCUCUUAACGAGUCUGUUGUACAGCUGUACCAGAAGUCAUCCGUGAAACUGUUGGCGCUGCUGUAUGCAAGUUAUGCUGGAGCGGGCGACCCAAGUGGCAGUGGUAAGAAAGGAGGCAAAAAGAAAGGAGCAUCUUUCCAGACUGUCUCUGCUCUUUUCAGGGAAAACUUGAACAAGCUGAUGUCUAAUCUUAGAACCACGCAUCCUCAUUUUGUGAGGUGUUUGAUUCCAAAUGAAACCAAAACCCCAGGUGUGAUGGAAAACCAUCUGGUUAUCCACCAGCUUCGCUGUAACGGUGUUCUGGAGGGUAUCAGAAUCUGUAGGAAGGGCUUUCCCAGCAGAAUCCUGUAUGGAGACUUUAAACAGAGGUACAGGAUCCUGAAUGCCAGUGCUGUCCCCGAGGGCCAGUUCAUGGACAAUAAGAAGGCUGCGGAGAAACUGCUAGGCUCUAUUGACAUAGAUCACACUCAAUACAAAUUUGGACACACCAAGGUGUUCUUUAAAGCAGGUCUCCUGGGGGUGCUGGAGGAGAUGAGAGAUGAGCGCCUGGCUCAAGUUGUCACCAGCACUCAGGCAGUAUGUCGUGGAUACCUUGUAAGGAUAGAGUACCAAAAGAUGAUUGCCCGAAGGGAGUCUAUCUUUGCCAUCCAGUACAACAUUCGCGCCUUUAUGAAUGUGAAGCAUUGGCCUUGGAUGAAGCUGUAUUUUAAGAUCAAGCCUCUACUGAAGAGUGCUGAGUCGGAGAAAGAGAUGGCCCAGAUGAAAGUGGACUUUGCCAAAUGUAAGGAGGACCUGGCUAAAUCAGAGAGCAGGAGAAAAGAGCUGGAGGAGAAGAUUGUUUCCAUUGUACAAGAAAAGAAUGACCUACUCCUUCAAGUUCAGGCGGAAGCAGAUAAUCUGAUGGAUGCAGAGGAGAGAUGUGAGGGACUGAUCAAAAGUAAGAUCCAGCUGGAAGCAAAGCUGAAGGAGACUGCUGAAAGGCUGGAGGAUGAAGAGGAGAUUAAUGCUGAGCUCACAGCCAAGAAGAGGAAACUGGAGGAUGAAUGUUCUGAGCUGAAAAAAGACAUGGACGACCUUGAGCUCACUUUGGCCAAAGUAGAGAAAGAGAAACAUGCCAUGGAGAACAAAGUGAAAAACCUUACUGAAGAAAUAGUCUCUCAGGAUGAGAACAUUUCUAAGCUGAAUAAAGAAAAGAAAGCUCUGCAAGAGGCACAUCAGCAACUGUUGGAUGACCUUCAAGGAGAAGAGGACAAAGUUAACGUUCUCACCAAAGCCAAGGCAAAGCUGGAGCAACAAGUUGAUGAACUGGAGGGAUCUCUGGAGCAGGAGAAAAAGGUUAGGAUGGAUCUUGAGAGAGCCAAAAGGAGGCUUGAGGGUGACCUGAAACUGUCCCAGGAGUGCAUAAUGGACCUGGAGAAUGAGAAGCAGAAGCUGGAUGAAAAACUGAAGAAAAAAGAUUUUGAAGUGACUCAACUGCAGAGUAAAAUUGAAGAUGAACAGUCUGUUGGUGCUCAGCUGCAGAAGAAAAUUAAAGAACUUCAGGCUCGAAUAGAAGAGCUUGAAGAGGAGAUUGAGGCUGAACGCACUGCCAGAGCCAGGGUGGAGAAGCAGAGAGCUGAUCUCUCCAGGGAACUUGAGGAGAUCAGUGAGAGGCUGGAAGAAGCUGGUGGAGCCACAGCAGUUCAAGUCGAGAUGAACAAGAAGCGUGAAGCCGAGUUCCAGAAGCUGCGCCGUGAUCUCGAAGAGUCCACUCUGCAGAACGAGGCCACUUCAGCUGCACUGCGUAAGAAACAUGCAGACAGUGUGGCAGAACUCGGAGAGCAAACUGACAACCUCCAGCGAAUCAAGCAAAAGCUUGAAAAGGAGAAGAGUGAGCUGAAACUUGAAGUGGAUGAUCUGUCCAGCAAUAUGGAGACCAUUGCUAAAUCAAAGGUCAAUCUUGAAAAGAUGUGCCGCUCUCUGGAGGACCAGCUAAGUGAAGUCAAAACCAAAGAGGAGGAGCACCAGAGACUCAUUACUGAUCUCACCACCCAGAAGGCUCGACUUCAGACAGAAAAUGGUGAAAUGUCACGCCAGCUUGAGGAGAAGGACUCUCUGUUGUCUCAGUUAUCCAAAGGCAAACAGGCCUACAUCCAACAAAUUGAGGAGCUAAAAAGGCAGAACGAGGAAGAAAUGAAGGCUAAGAAUGCCCUGGCCCAUGCUCUGCAGUCAGCUCGUCAUGACUGUGACUUGCUGAGGGAGCAGUUUGAGGAAGAGCAAGAGACCAAGGCUGAACUGCAGCGUGGAAUGUCCAAGGCCAACAGCGAGGUAGCUCAAUGGAGAACCAAAUACGAGACUGAUGCCAUCCAGCGCACUGAGGAACUUGAGGAGGCCAAAAAGAAGUUGGCCCAGCGACUUCAGGAUGCAGAAGAAGCUGUUGAGGCAAUUAACUCAAAGUGCUCCUCACUGGAGAAAACAAAGCAUAGACUGCAGGGUGAGGUGGAAGACCUGAUGACAGAUGUGGAAAGGGCUAACUCAGCUGCUUCUGCACUGGAUAAAAAACAGAGGAACUUUGAUAAGAUCCUGGCAGAAUGGAAACAAAAAUAUGAAGAGAGCCAGGCAGAGCUUGAGGCAGCAAUGAAAGAAGUUCGUUCACUGGGAACAGAAAAUUUCAAAAUGAAGAAUGCUUAUGAAGAAUCUUUGGAGCAGUUGGAGACACUGAAACGUGAAAAUAAAAACCUGCAACAGGAAAUCAUGGACCUCUCUGAGCAUCUCGGGGAGACUGGAAAAACCAUCCAUGAACUUGAAAAGUCAAAGAAGCAAGCAGAGCAAGAAAAAUCAGAAAUCCAGACCGCUUUAGAGGAGGCUGAGGCCUCCCUGGAGCAUGAGGAAUCUAAGAUCCUUCGUGUUCACCUGGAGCUGAAUCAGGUGAAGAGUGAGAUUGAGAGAAAGCUGGCCGAGAAGGAUGAGGAGAUCGAGCAGCUGAAGAGGAACAGCCAGAGAAUCAUAGACUCCAUGCAGAGCACUUUGGACUCCGAAGUCAGGAGCAGGAAUGAUGCCCUGAGGGCCAAGAAGAAAAUGGAGGGAGAUCUUAAUGAGAUGGAGAUUCAGCUGAGCCAUGCCAACCGCCAGGCUGCUGAGGCCCAGAAACAGCUAAGAAACAUUCAAGCUCAAUUAAAGGAUGCCCAAUUGCAUCUGGAUGAUGCAUUGAGACAGAACGAUGACAUGAAGGAGCAGGUGACUAUGGCUGAGCGCAGGAGUGCCCUGAUGCAGGCAGAAAUAGAGGAGAUCAGGGCGGCUCUAGAACAAACAGAGAGAAGCCGCAAAGUGGCCGAACAAGAGCUGGUCGAUGCUACUGAGCGUGUCCAGCUUUUGCAUUCACAGAACACCAGUUUGAUAAACAGCAGGAAAAAACUGGAGAGUGACUUGACUCAGAUGCAGAGCGAGAUGGAGGACAGUCUUCAGGAGGCCAGGAAUGCUGAAGAGAAAGCCAAAAAGGCCAUCACUGAUGCUGCCAUGAUGGCAGAGGAACUAAAGAAGGAGCAGGACACCAGCGCCCAUCUGGAAAGAAUGAAGAAGAACCUGGAGGCCACAGUCAAAGACUUGCAGCAACGUCUAGAUGAAGCUGAAAACUUGGCCAUGAAGGGUGGAAAGAAGCAACUCCAGAAACUGGAAGCAAGGGUAAGAGAACUGGAGAAUGAACUGGAACAAGAGCAAAAGCACAGUUCUGAAGCUGUGAAAGGUGUGCGCAAGUUUGAGCGCAGGAUCAAGGAGCUCUCCUAUCAGUCUGAGGAAGACAAAAAGAACAUAAUCAGGCUGCAGGAUUUGGUGGAUAAGCUACAGCUGAAGGUCAAAGCCUACAAGAGACAAGCUGAGGAAGCUGAGGAACAGGCUAACACUCAUUUGACCAAGUUUAGAAAAGUACAGCAUGAGCUGGAGGAGGCUCAGGAGAGAGCUGACAUUGCUGAGUCUCAGGUCAACAAGAUGAGAGCAAAGAGCCGGGACAUGGGAGCAAAGGGAAAGGAGAGUGGGGAAUAA